AUGCACUGCGCCGUAAAUGGAAUCGGGCAGGUUGCCAUUACCAGUGUCAUCGCCGUCAUUGCUGCUGCGAAGGAGCCAUAUGACACACAUCGCAUAGAGCAACUGGAGCUUGCAAGCCAGGAUGACGCCAGGCGUCUCGGCGUUCCAGGCAUCACUGCUUCCAUCCAGCCGGUACACAGCGGUCCCGUAAUUCUCAAGGGUCACUCGCAGUUGAUAUCAUCACAGCAUGGGGAGCGCGCCUUCUUCCUCUAUCGAGGGCUCCUAGACGGCAAUGCCUGCGUCGCCGUCGAGACCAACUCUCCCAUGGCAAAGCACCAAGCGUUCCCCAAUUUUUACAACCCUACAACAAGAACAUCUGCCUGCACUAGAUGUAUCGCUGAACGUGCGCAGAAUUUGUCAAGCGUGCUGUGUAGGAAAGGGCUGGGGCGGUGUUUGAGUCAAACGUUGGACAUUACGUACAUGGCCCUGGACCCUUGUUUCAAUCUCAGAAUCCACCGCUGUAUUUACCUUGGGAAGUCUCAUAUCAUGUUCGACAACAUCAAACCUGUUCUCAGGGAGUAUUUUACGCUCAAUUUGGUUGCUCAUCAUGAUACUGGGCCUCAAAUCGAAUAUUCCUCACGAGUCCUCAUUUCAAACGCCGUCGCCGUCGCCAUUGGUAGAGGUGGGGUGGGUCCGGAAGAGGAGCAUGAAGCAUUCCGAGGACCAUGA